UCUGUAUGAUAAAGAUUAGUGGUUGUAAUCGGUAGUUUUCGGCCAUUUCCGAACUAUCACGUGAUGUCGUCAGAGGUGUCCCCCGACGUCGCUGAUGUAUUGCGAAAGCAACGACGGUCAACAACAUGCUUGUUCAAUGUCACCGCGUUGCGAGGGAGGUCGGGAUGUACCUCUUGGAGUAUCUGUGAAUGUGAUUACAGAAUCACAUUAGAGCACAAAGAAAUACGAUAAAGGUACUGACAUCAGCCCAAGAUGUCCGCCUCCAGCUCCAGACUCCUGGUUCUGGCAGUGAGGACUGCCUGUAGCCACACGCAACCGAGGUACCUGCUGGCGAACGUGCCCGUCCCCGUCCUCACCCAGUCGCGGGCGUACGCCAUGGACCCGCUCUCCGUGGCCAGUCGGAAGACUCAGGUCCCGUCGUGCAAAGCGGACCGCGUGUCUCCGGACCUGGGGCUCAACCAGAGGAACCUGUCCGCGGUGGCCGCCUCCCUAAAGGGCCAGUGCCGCCCGCUCUGCAGGUACGACUUUCUGGACCUCGGGGAAGUGGAGGAGAACACCCGCAAGGCUCAGGCCUGCAAGAGCCUCCGCCGCUUCAUCGUGGACCCAGCCCUCGCCCAGCUGGUGGCCGACCGCCUGGAAGGAGACCUGGCGGAUGGGAAGGCCGUCAUCUUCGAAUGCAACCCCGGCCCUGGUGUGCUAACACGGACGCUGCUGAACUCUGGAGCUCAGAGACUGGUGGCGCUAGAGAGUGCAAAGUCCUUCCUACCUGAGCUGCAGGCCCUGGAGAGCAGUCUGGACGGGCAGCUGGAGGUGGUGCACUGCGACUUCUUCAAGCUGGACCCGCUCGGGCACGGGUCCAUGAGGCCCCCCGCCAUGUACUCUGAGAAGCUCUUCACUGACCUGGGCAUCUCCGAGGUGCCUUGGACCGCAGACGUGCCGGUGAAGGUGGUGGGGAUCUUCUCCCAGAGGAACGAGAGGAACAUGCUGUGGAAGCUGGUCUACUCCCUGUUCCAGCGCCUCUCCAUCUUCCGCUACGGCCGCGUGGAGAUCAUCAUGUUCAUCAGCGAGAAGGAGUACACGAAACUCGUAUCCAGACCAGGGGAAUUUCAGAGUUAUCAGGCUUUAAGCACGCUGUGGCAGAUGGCUUGCGAUAUUGAGCUGCUUCACAAGGAGCCGUGGUCAUCUUUUGUGACGGUAUCCAAACACGGUGGAUUGGCAAUCCAGAAAAGCAGACUCCCGAACGACCACCUGUGCCUGGUGAGGCUGACCCCUCGCCCGAGCCUGUUCACGGCUCACCUCACCCCUGCGAACGGCGCCACAUUGAUCAUGAUGGUCAAGCAGUGCAUGGCCAAGAGGAAAGCCCUGCUGGUGGACAGGCUCAAUUCUUGGAGUCCAGACAGUGGAUUGAAGAUCAUGCAGAAGAUGGGCCUUCUGGAGAACACCCUGACUGGACACUUGUUUCCGGAAGAGUACAAACACCUGUUCCAGCUGAUGGAGCAAUCGGAGGAGUUCAGCCACAGCUGGCUCUAUGAAGAGGUCUUGGAGAACACCCAGAAAUCUGGCCUUUUGUGACUUCCUCGAGAACAGAAUUCACACAUUAUGUUCCUUAAAACCGAAUUUAGCACAUGCAUGUUCCUGUAAGAACAGCAUUCAUGUGGAAGCUUCUGAAGAACAGAAUUGCUCCAAAUGUUCCUGAAGAAAAGAAUGGGUGUUGUCUUCAGAUUCCUCAGCUCUAAAUUGCUUGCUGGACAUGCUAUUUACAUCUCACUUUAUUAGAUGGGCAAAUAAAGAAGAAGCUAAAUAAGACUCGAGUAAUUUACAUCCAGCAACUCUUCUUUGGCUACAAUGUAAUGUAUCUUUUUUAAGUCUGUACUAUUGGCCCAUGCAGAAGAUGCAGAAUAGUAGACUUAUGUAAUGCCUAAUGCCUGUACAGAUUUCUUUUUUCAAUAUUAUAUGAACUAUGAACUCUGUGUACAUAACAAAAAGAACGCUGUGUAAAUCGUAAACUUAUGAUAAACCAUGUAAAUUCACUUGGCUUUGUUCUUUUGAUAUUUCUGAAUUAUUGUAAUAAUACUAUCGAUUUA